UUUCUUCUUCUUCUUCACCAAUCACUGUUUCGUCGUCUUCACGAUCUUCUCCUUCUCUCUCAUUCCACAGCUCGUUUUCUCCGGCGCUCUUCUCCGAUCGAUUUCUCCGUCUCCGACCGCUUCUCUGAUUUGAUCGAAAGCCAAGGAAGUUCGGCAUGGCCCCAUCGAAAAGAUCAAAGGGUGGGACUAAGCGGUUUUCUUAUAUUAGUGAAAUUUCUCCUAACAAGCCCAGAGAGAAUGCUAAGAAAAUGAGACAAAAGAAGAGGAAGUUGUCUGACUUGUUAGGGCCUCAAUGGAGCAAGCAAGAGCUUGAACGUUUUUAUGAAGCAUACCGCAAGUACGGGAAAGAUUGGAAGAAGGUGGCUGCUACAGUUCGUAAUCGGUCUGCAGAAAUGGUUGAGGCCCUUUACUCUAUGAAUAGGGCCUACUUAUCUCUUCCUGAGGGCACUGCCUCUGUGGUUGGACUAGUAGCAAUGAUGACUGAUCAUUACUGUGUACUGGGAGGAAGUGAAACUGAAUCAGAAAGCUAUGGGCGAGGAGGGUCUCGAGAACCUAAAAAGCGUGCGCGGGGGAAGUUUCAAGGUUGUGCCUAUAAAGAAUCAGAUGAGCAUUUUCUAGAUGUUUCACAAUCCCACUCAGUUUCACCAAGUAAUGGAUGCCUGCCAUUGUUGAAGAAGAGGCGGACUGGAAUUGUGUCUCAUGCUGUCCGGAAAAGAACUCCUCGUGUCCCUAUUUCACAUCCUGACAAUGACGUCUCACCUGCUGCUAAGCAGAACGUGAAACUCAAAAUGGAUGCUAGUGAUGACGAUGUUGCUCAUGAGAUAGCAAUGGUGCUGACUGAGGCCUCUCAAAGAAAUGGUACACCCCAUGUUUCUCGGAUGGCAAAUAGGAAACCAGAAGCUGCUAUAUCUUCACCACAUCAAGAUGGUGAAAGGAUGGACGGUCAUUGCAAAAAGCUAGAAGUUGAAGAUGAUGCAAAUGAUUAUUUGGAUAACAUGAAAGAAGGCUGUACUGGAAAAGAGAAACAAAAUUUAAGUGCUGUCAAGAGAAAAACUCAAACUGAAAUUAUGAAUGUGGAAAGUCCGAGGUCCCUUUCAAAGGGUUUAAGGAAGAGAAGUAGAAAAUCUCUUUUUGGAAAAGAUGAGGACUCUCCCUUUGAUGCGCUUCAAACUUUGGCAGAUCUGUCUUUGAUGAUGCCAUCAACAAUUUCUCCUACUGAGUCAUCUGCAAAAGGCAAGGAGGACAAGACCAAGGUUGGUAGCCAUGUCUCAGACACUGGAAUACAGAAAAGGAGACAGAAGUCCUUCCCACAGAAAAUUAGGAAAGCUUCAGACGAGGCACAGAGGUCUGUGUUUAAAGGAAAACGGUCUUCUCAUAAUUCUGCACACCAAGGAAAAUCGGUGAAACCUUUGGACCAUACAUCGUCAGAUACCAAUUGUAAGAGGGAAGUGAAUGAUUCUGCUUCCCUUAUGACAGAAGUUCCUUCUAGAGACCAGUUAACAAAAUCGAGGAGUGUAUGGAAGACAUUUGUUUCAAAAGAUACAAACUCUCCUGUACAAGUUUUGGAUGGUCAACCUAAUAUAGCUGUUCCUUCACUUCUCAGAAGAGAACUAAAUCCUAAGAAAAGCCUUUCUAAUUUCUUAUCACGGUAUCAAGCACGGAGAUGGUGUGCUUUUGAGUGGUUCUAUAGUGUCAUAGAUUACCCGUGGUUUGCUAAAAGUGAAUUCAUCGAGUACCUGAAUCAUGUUGGCAUGGGUCAUGUUCCAAGAUUGACUCGUGUUGAGUGGGGUGUGAUAAAAGGUUCUCUUGGCAAACCACGGAGAUUUUCUGAGCACUUUUUGAAGGAAGAAAAAGGGAAGCUUAAUCAAUACCGAGAGUCUGUUAGAACACAUUAUGCUGAACUUCGCACUGGUACCAGGGAAGGACUUCCAACUGAUCUAGCUAGGCCUCUAUCAGUUGGACAACGUGUUAUCGCAAUACAUCCAAGAACAAGAGAGAUGCAUAAUGGAACUGUUCUAACUGUUGAUCACAGUAGGUAUCAUGUGCAGUUUGACCAGCCCGAUCUAGGAGUUGAAUUUGUCAUGGACAUUGAAUGCAUGCCUUUAAAUCCAACAGAAAACAUUCCAGCAUCCUUCAGAAAGCGUAAUCCUUUUGUCAACAAUUUUUUUGAGAAUUUGAAGGAGCUCAAAAUCAAUGAGCAGUUGAAAGGAGGAAAGACUGAUGAGUACAUCAAGGCUGCCUUGAGUUUGAACCAAAAUAAUAAUGAUAGACUUUAUGUUUCCCCAUCAAGUGACGAUGUUGAAGAAUUUUUAAAGUGCAAAGAGAAAAUAGCCUCUGAGCCUCCAUCCGUUUCACAGAUCCGGGCAAAAGAAGCUGAUGUACAAGCUGUUUCUGAGUUAACUCGUGCUCUUGACAAAAAGGAAGCUGUAGUAUUUGAGUUGAAGCGCAUGAAUGAUGAGAUCUUCGAAAAGCAAAAGGAUGGAGACAACCCUCUCAAGGAUUCUGAAUCAUUCAAAAGACCAUAUGCUGCUGUACUGUUGCAAUUGAAUGAAGUCAAUGAGCAGGUUUCUUCUGCUCUAUCUCGCUUGAGACAACGCAACACAUAUCAAGGAAUCUCCUCUCCUACAUUAUCAAAGCCUGUGGUUAGUCCAAGUGACCCUGAUGGUCGUGCAAGCUCUUUGGGCGGUUCUUAUUACAACAUCCGAGAAUGUGGAUCUCAGGUGGCUGAAAUUGUGGAAAGUUCAAGAAUGAGAGCCCAAAAACUGGUUGGCGCAGCUCUGCAGGCCAUCUCAUCUUUAGAAAAGAUGGGGAAAAACUUGGAAAGAGUUGAGGAGGCUAUAGACUUUGUAAAUAAUCGGCUUUUAGAAGAGGACUUUAGUAUGCCAGCCGUGAGAAACUCUACCCAUAAAGAUUCAGUAGUGACUCCUUCAGAACAGUUACCUGCGAGUGCAUCAACGGUAUCGGCAACUAGUCCAACACCCGACCCUAAGUUGAAUUCCAUAUCCAACCAAAAUGAACCAAAUAUCCCUUCAGAACUUAUUGCACGCUGUGUAGCUGCUUUGCUCAUGAUUCAGAAAUGUACAGAACGGCCGUUUCCACCGGCGGAAGUCGCCCAGGUGCUAGAUUCUGCUCUCACAAGCUUGCAGCCACUUUGUUCACAGAACCUUUCUCUUUAUGAGGAGAUACAGAAAUUCAUGGGUAUUAUUAGGACUCAGAUAUUGGCACUUAUACCCAGAUAAAUUCACGCUAAAUAUUUUUAUUUUUUAAUCUGUAACUUGUAAAGCGGAUUUAACCCCCGAUUUUUUAACUGUGAUGCGUGAUGUAUAGCCUAUCACUAGUCAUAUACCAGUAAUCAGCAGACAACUAAAAUUUUUUUUUU